AUUACUAAUAAAGUCGUUGGCUAUCAUCAACACCAACACCCAUCAUUCUCAACGAUGUCGACGUUCGUAGUAACAUUGACGCCCAUGCUAUCAUUUGCCAACAAGGCCACCAUCUGCCAUUAUGUUAAAAUUGACAACAAUUGUCGACACCAGCACUAAAGCUCGAUAUCGGACACAAUGUCAACGCGUGAUGUCAACAAAAUAAAUAUCAUAUUAAAAAGUUUUGAGUUUGGCAUUUAGAAUUUCUCUUAAAUGGAUGUGAUGUUAGCCCAACACCUUUCAUGCAUUAUGGAGCUGUUUGGUAGCACCUAGGAAUUGAUUUAAGUAGAGUUUUGUAAAUCUGCUAAAUUCGGAUUUUCGAAAUCCUGAGGGGCCUAAAUCCUGAAAACUAUUUGGUUAAAUUCAUGAUAAAUCCUUUUAAAUCCCGUGUGAUUGUUUGGCUAUAGAGCUGAUUUAACGAGCAGACUCUUCCUCUCAACCCAAUUGAUUUCUUAAAUUGGCAAAAAAUAGAAUUUUAGAAAUCCGGGAUUUAGCAUAAAAGACAGAAUUUUCUUCUACGGCGGCUUUCAUUUGCUGCGAGAUUUGGUUUUACGUUUUAGAACAUUUGGCUGGAUUUCACUCAAAUCCGCCUCAAAUCCGGCCUAAAUCCUGCUACCAAACGGCUCUUAUAUGUUAGUCUUAGAAAUAACAAGAAAUACAGCACAAAUUAUCGUUCAAAAUAAGUCUUUAGAAUCAUUAGAUGAAUAACAUAUGAUAUAUUUAAAUCAUAUAUUUUUAAUCUAAAUACCUAAAGUAUUUUCAAAUGGCGCAAAACUAACCGUUCAAAUGUUCGAUGGCUAAAAUUUAAAUAAAAGGCCACGAAACCCAACGGCUCCACCCGAAAUGGAAACUGAACCUCCAACAACUCCCACGCCGGCGCCGCCAUCGGAUCUGGUAAUUGAUCGCAUUGCCAAGCUCAUCAACGAUCACCCCUUUCCCGCCGUUCCUCUCCGCCCCCUCCUCAUCGACCAUCUUCUUCCCCUCCUCCCACAUUCACCUUCUUCUCCUCUCCGCCUUUCUUCACUAUUUUACCGCCUCUUCUCCGGCCACUCCCUUCCCCACAAAUCCCUCGAGCUCUUCCGCUUCUCACUCAUUCACUCCCCCUCCUCCCUCUCUCCCUCCUCUCUCACGCUGCUACUCCACUCCCUGUCUCGCUCCCCUCGACGCCUCCUCUUUCCCUCCUCUGCUUUCCUCCUCCUCGACCUCACCCGCCGCGCUCUCCCUUCUCUCCUCUCCACCGCUGCCCUCACUGCUCUCCUCUCCCCUCUUGCCCGUCACUCAACUGAUCCCUUCGCCUCCACUCUCAGCGCCUUCUCCCGCGCCGAGCUUAUCUGGUCGGCCGCCGGCCUUCCCCCCUUCGGAGCCGCCGAGCUCACUGCCCUCCUACGCGCCUUCUGCGCAUGCAGCCGCAUUGCCGACGCCCGCGCUGCCUUCCGCCUUCUCUACUCCCGCCUCCCCCCAGAUGCCCGCUCCUUCAACACCCUCCUCCUCGGCUUCCGAGAGACCGGCAACCUCCCCGCCCUCGAGUACUUUUACCAGGAGCUCCUUCUUCGACGCUUCCAACCCGACGUCGUCACCUACAACAUUCGAAUCGACGCCUACUGCAAAAAAAAUCGUUUCUUCGAAGCUCUCCAGCUUCUAACCGAUAUGGAGGGACGGAGUAUCACGCCAACCGUGAGAACAAUAACGACUCUGAUCCAUGGAGCCGGCAUUGCCAAAGAGCCAUUUCUCGCGCGCCAACUUUUCGAUGAAAUGCCGAAGAGGGGGAUUUCACCGGAUCGAGGAUCUUAUAAUGCUCUGAUGAAUGCAAUUGUUAGAACUGGAGACAUGAAGGCUGGACUCGUGCUGUUGGAUGAGUUGGAAUUGAAGGGAAUUGAAGUCGACGAUGUGGGCUACUAUACAAUGCUAUGCGGGUAUAGAACCUCAACAGAUUUUAAUGGCGUUUUGAGGAUUUAUAGGAGGAUGAUUGCUAAGGGGUUUGUGCCGAGGACCAGAACUGUGAUGUUUCUGAUGAAGUUCUUUCGUGAGAAGAGUAGACUGGAUCUGGGCUUGGAGUUAUGGAACUAUUUGAUGGAGAAGGGAUGCUGCCCUCAUCGCCAUGCACUCGAUAUCCUGGCAAAGGGAUUGUGCUUCAGUGGCCAAGUAGCAGAGGUUUACGAAUGCUUUAAGCAAUUGUUGGAGAGAGGGAGGCUUCCGUCACAUAGAGGGAUUCAGUUGCUGGAGGAGUUUCUAGUGAAGGCCCAAGAUGAGGAAAAGUUGGAAGUAUUUGGAGAGAUGAUAAGCAGGUUGAAAACUCUUGUGCCCAGUGCUUCAUGAUAGUAGGCAAUAAUCGCUAAUAUGGAGGCAU